GCUUUUCUUACUGGAUCCGUACUCCAAUUUAGGCCAUUCUCAAUUACAUCUACUCUUGACUUUGUGCGUAAGAGAAAAGGUCUGUUAUGGGUCCCAUUUUCUGCAGUAUUUAUUUAUUUAUUUUCAUGUAAACUGCAGUCUUCAUAUAAAAACUUGAUGAUUGAAAAUUUAGACCAGCGUUUAGGGCCCAGUUAGAUGUGAUCAGGAUUAUCAAGUCCGCCCAAACCUCAGCGUUUCUUCAGCGACAUGGCUCGACCACGACCGCGGGAAUACAAGGCAGGAGAUCUGGUUUUCGCAAAGAUGAAGGGAUACCCGCACUGGCCAGCGAGGAUUGAUGAGCUUCCAGAAGGAGCGGUCAAACCUCCUGCCAACAAAUACCCAAUCUUCUUCUUUGGGACCCAUGAAACUGCAUUCUUAGGUCCAAAGGAUCUUCUGCCCUACAAAGACUAUAAAGACAAAUUUGGCAAGUCAAACAAGAGAAAAGGUUUCAAUGAAGGCUUGUGGGAGAUUGAAAACAACCCUGGAGUCAAGUUCACAGGUUAUCAGGCCAUACAGCAACAGAGCUCAUCAGAAACAGAAGAGGGAGGAAACACUGCCGAUGGCAGCAGUGAGGGUGAUGACGGUGACUCUGUUCAGGAAGAAGAUAACAAGAAAAAGUUGAAGGAAGACAAGACUGGAUCCAAAAGGAAAAAAACACCCUCUUCUAAGCAGCGAUCCUCAAAACUGUCCAGGGUCUCAUCUGAAGAGGAUGACCAGGACAGGGAUGGCAAAGAUGAAGACCAAAAGAGUGACUCAGAGGGAGGAGACCAUGACAACAACUUUAUCCAAAAGACUAUCGACGCUAAGAACCAGCUGCUCAUGGAAGAGCACUGAAGGAGAGAACAUGCCAGGAGGAUCCCUCUUUGUAGCGAUGAUGUUGGAGAAUUGAAUCAAGUACCUGGUUUGUCAUGUUCAGCCAUCACUGACUGCAAUCAUCACCUCCAUCUCUGUGCUGGACUCUCAUUUUUUGUAUGUGAGAAAGUUGCAUCAUAAAAGCUUCCAGAAUCCAACCUGAGGAGAAAAUGAGGGCAAAACUGAGCUUUCCAUUUGUCAGCACUAAUGGCAGAACUGUCAGAAUUCAAAUAAAGGCUUUUAUUUUUUUCAACAUAUCUUGGAAUACAAUUGUUUAUAUUAUUAUGAUUGAUUUAUACAUUUACACAAUUACAUCUAAUCUAGUCUUUGUGUUUACUAAGCCUUUCUUCAAAUAAAAAAAAAAACAGAAUAGAGAAGAACUGCCACUGAUUAAAAACAAAUCAAAAGAUAUCAAUAAAGUGUACUAUCUUAAGAACAAAGUAUGAUUUUACAUUACUCACUAAAGAGUUCCAUCUGGGACACAUUUUGUCAUAUUCUUUUUUGGGUGGGUUUGGUUUUUUGGGAAGUGUUAUGCGAUCAGAUACCUCAAUGCUCAGCUGCCUCCUCAUUCCAAAGCUUCCAGACUAAAAGAUUCUGAAUUUUCAUAUUAUUUUGCUUAACUUGCAGUUGAAUGGAGUCCAGGAUGAUUUUGCAGUUUUAUGAAAACAAACAAUCUGAAACAGUAAACAAUGUGAGGAAACAGCCAGGUAGCUUACUGUACAAAUGUAAUGGUGCGUUCACAUCAAAAGCAAAUGGAGGUGCAUUGAGGGCCCGUCGCGGCGCGUUUGACGGGUCUAGCGUGCCGCUAUUUGAACUGUUUGGAGUGUUUUGAGUGUUUGACAUGCCAAGAGUGUUGAGUGCGUCGGACAAAUAGGCCGUCAAUGGAAAACAACAGGUAGAGAAAUUUCGAUGCGCUUCCACAUAGACUUUGAACCAGAUGCAAAAACGCUAGAUGUAGACCAAAAUUUCAAGCGUCUCCAUUCAAAGUGCACACAUGUCGAACUUGAAGCAUCAGACACAUUUGGUGUGAACACACCGUAACUUCUGUCUCAAUUUAGGAACCUUCCAGUUUACAUUUGAUUGUCGUCUCUGAUUGACUGCGAUUAUAUAAACACAUUACGUUUGCCAAAUGGAGCCGCCCAAUAAUGUAUUCUACUCCUCCCUUUGCAGCCCAUAAAUGCUUUUCUAGAUUCAGCCCUAGUGUAGUGUUGCUGAUUUUAAUGAGCAGAUGGAUUGUUAUGACUGUUCUUUGCUUAUCUACACAACAAAUUCAAUUUAGCAACAGAAUGUAUAAAUAUAGUAUUUGAGAAUGGACAGCACUACGAGAAAUAGGAGGUUUCAGUUUGAGAAUGAAUCACUUAGCCAGCUUCUGAACAGCCAAUUUUCUCUUUCUCCAUUAUCCAUUCUGGAUAAAAUGUUUUUAAAGCUGGGAUUAUUCCGCUAUGUCUUCUUUAGGCCAGGCUUUCAAAUUAAACACGUUAAGCAAAUUAAAACACGUGAAGCACCCUGGUUCUAGUGUGAACAGGUGUGAAGCUUAAAAUGUACUAGUACAUGAAUUUUUGAUGAAAUUAGCAGCUUAUUUUCUUGUAGCUUGGUUCUCCAGACUGUUCAGUCCAGAGUGGGGUCAGUUGGGAGCUCAGUAAAAAGAUGGACUCCAUGCCAGGCGUUUGACUCUGCCUUAUAAUUUUGCCAGGCAGAUUCAGUUGAACCUAUAGAUGUUCUGGGCCCAAAGGUAGACACAUCCCCUGGCUUACUGUUUGUCUGUUCUCAUCCCAACUCUAGCAUGCAGUUAAAGAAAGAGGCAAUUGUGGUCAGAGACAAUUAUUUAUCUCUACACCCAAGUCAAUGCUUUUCUCCCCUACACUGGGCACUACCCACUUUUACAUAGGAGCCGAAGUUUGAGGACUGUUUUGGCUCAAUGAUUGAGGCUUUGACUCUUUAACCUUUUGGAUUUAAAGGACUGAACUAUCUUGUCUCACACUCAGCUUCUACAGAGUUCUGCUAAAGACCUAAUUUUAUGAUGAAGGUGUGUUGACAGAAACAC